AUAUCCGGUUUCUUGGUGUUUUUCUUUCAUACGUCCGGAGUAAUAUGCUGCACUUUACCCCCCGAGGAUACCGAGGCGGUGCGGUGGUCUGACUUUUUCAGAAAAUAGGACGAGUUAUUAAAAAGAAUCUCUAUAUCUGAGUCACAGCUUUCAGUAAAAAUGUUAUUCCACUUUGACGUUAAACAGUUCAGUCAUAAAUGAAAGACAUUUCUGCCUCAGACACAGAGAGAGCUCACUGCUAGGGAUGCGCUACCGAAGGAGCAUGUAGUUCCUGCCUUCACUCAGGAGGAGAAAGAGAAAAGGGACGCUGGGAGAGAAGAACAUGGAAGACUUCUCCACACGGACUUAUGGCACCAGUGUCCUGGACAACAGACCUCUGUUCGGGGAGACUUCCGCAAGGGAUAGGAUAAUCAAUUUAGUAACUGGUGGACUUGCAUCUCUACUAGUUAUAGUGACUAUUAUCAGCGCUUUCGUCUUCCCCUCACUGCCUCCGAAGCCACUGAACAUUUUCUUUGCUGUCUGUAUUUUGCUGAUGUGUGGUUCAGUGCUGGUUCUGAUCAGAUGGUACAGACAGGGUGACUUGGAGCCAAAAUUUCGCAACCUGAUCUACUUCAUGCUGUUUUCGGUUGUCCUGCUAUGCAUAUGUGCCAACUUGUACUUCCACGACGUGGGACGUGACAAAAAGGCCAACGCCUUAUCGUAGGACCACGGGGAACUUUGGUAGAAGUGAACAUGUGACGGUUUGCUUUUGCUCCAGCCCCAUGCACUUGUCCUCAGGGCCCGUAAGCCUCUGGAGGCCUUCCAAGUGGACCAACAGUAUUAUAGAUGUUAAUAUAUUGGUAUUCUGUAGCACGGUGGAUGUGUAUGCAGGUGUUUUUUUUUUGCAUCCUGAGUGCUGUAUUUUCCUGCAUUGCUAUAUAAGCCAAUGUAACUGUGAGACUGUUCUUAACUAUAAGCCAUGGUUAUAUCCUGCAGAAAGCGUUUUAUAUUUGUAUAUUAUACAAUAUGUAGGACAAACAUUCCAGAAUGAGAUUGCUCAUGUUGCUGAUGCAAUCUUGAAGCUGAAGCACUUACCGAAACAGAGACGCAGACGGAGCCUGGCGAGGUUAGACACUUGUCCGGGUUUCUGCUCAGGUUCCUGCAUCUCUACACACUGUGUCAUUUCAUAUGACCAAGAUUAAUGAUUGUCGAAACUUAAUUUCUAAUGUGCGUUUUACGUACGAAAUAAAUCCUUAUUCCCGUG